AUGCCGAACCUAGACGUGGCGUGUUGUGAUGGAUCCGGAUCGCUAAGUCUGUCACCUAGACCACUACACAAGUAUCGCGCGACUACAACAACGAGACAGAAAAUGCUACCGUCCUAUACGACUGAGAGAAACAUACAAACUCUGUCCACAAGCCUCGACUGUGCUGUAGAGGUGCAGUCUCCGCAGGAACUGCUCCUGCGUGCAGGUCGUUCGAGGCCUGCCGAAUUCACAUCCAGAGGAAAGGAAUUCGGAUUCGUCUACGCAGUGGUCAUGUCACAGGUCCUGACAGAGUACUUCACAUCAGGCUUCAAUGUGAUUCUACCAAAGAUCACGUUGGCGCUUGAGAUCCCGCUAGGAAAGCAAACGUGGCCCGCUUCAGCUUUCCCUCUGACAGUGAGCGUUCUGUUACUACCCUUUGGACGACUCUCAGACAAGUACGGUGGAUUUCCCGUCUACAUUCUCCUCAACGUCUACCGGGCCCUGCAAGGGCUUGGCCUGGCCGCGUCUCUACCAUCCGGUCUUAUGCUCAUAGGCAGUACAUACCGACCUGGACCCCACAAGAACCAGAUAUUCGCACUCUAUGGCGCUGCAGCUCCUCUUGGGUUCUUCCUUGGUAUCCUUACUGCAGCGUUGUGCAUCCGAUACGCUACCUGGGGGCUGUACUUCUACAUUGGAGCAGGUAUAUCAGCUUCGACUGCAGUAGUCGCCUACUUCACAAUUCCUUCCGACACUUCACAGAGAAAGAGUAUGAAAACCAGUCUAGAUAUUGUCGGUUGUGUCCUGCUUCCGGCUACUAUGAUCGCGAUCAUCUUCGCAAUCACCGAGAGUACCAGUGCCCCCAGAGGAUGGAGAUCCGUGCAUGUUGUGGGUGCAUUUGUUGCAGGCUUGUUGCUUCUAGAUAGUUUGGCGAAGAUUAUGGAUGCAUCACCGUUGCAACUUGUCGUAUGGUUCGUCCCAAUGGCGCUUGGUGGUAUAUUCAUUUCACUACUUGGCGGUCGUGUUCUACAUCUUGUUCCAGGGAGCUAUAUUAUGGUUGUUGCUGGUGUUGCCUACGUCCUCGCUCCUCUGUUACUCAUACUUGCUCCCCCAGGAGCCAGCUACUGGCACUACGCUUUCUUUGCGAUGGUUUUUGCAACUAUCGGGAUUGAUACGACAUUCACAGUAUCGAACGUCUUUUUGACAACCCAUGUCCCGAUUCAACAUCAAGGGGCUGCUGGAGCAAUCAGUGGAAGCCUGGUUCACCUCGGCGCUGCGCUUUUCCUAGGAAGUGCAAGUAUCAUGUCGGUCAGGAAGCAGCCUGAAGGAGAGCUCCAGAGCUUUAAAGCAGUCUUCUACCUAGAAACUGCUCUGGCCGCUACCUCACUGCUUAUUAUGGUAAUGUUUGUUCGUGUAGACCAGGCAGUCGCAGAUCUUACUACCGAUGAGAGAGCUGAGCAUCAUAAGGCAAAGCAAACUGAAAAGGAGCGUCACCCCCCCUCUGACCUUCUUCGAGUCUAG